AUGGAAGAUGAAAGUGAUUUAUCAACAAUUAUGAUUACAAAUCUCCUUCCCGUUGAUCUCAACUGUUUGUUAUAUCAUUUAGAAUUAUCGAUAGGAAAAACAGAUGAAGCAAAACGUCGUUGUCAAGCUAUUCGAAAGUAUAUGUGGUCAGAUAAGCGGCAAUUUUUUACAGAUUAUGAUUUUAUUCAAAAGAAACCAACAGACCGUGUCACCCUCGCUGGUCUGUUUCCUUUGUGGCUGGAUAUUUCAACAGAAGACCAAGUGAAACACGUGGCUGAGCAAACUGAAUCUUUGUUUUUGUAUGAUGGGGGUCUUGUGACGACCAUAGCAAAACAAAGUUCACAGCAAUGGGAUUACCCGAAUGGAUGGGCACCACUUCAGUUCAUUACUUAUCGUAGUUUACUUCGAUAUCCUCAGUAUAAGAAACUUGCUCAAACGAUUCGUCAACGAUGGAUGAAUUUGAAUGAACGUGUUUUUGUAGAAACUGGAAAAAUGAUGGAGAAAUACGAUGUUGUGAAUAUCGAUAAGUUAGCGAGUGGAGGAGAAUAUCAAGUUCAAGAGGGUUUUGGAUGGACGAAUGGCGUUUAUUUAGAAAUGCUUCAUGAUCACAUAUCAGAAAUACGUUCAUUGACAUGA